UUGUGAAAAUUUAUCUUUUAUUUCUUUAAUUCAAGAAGAUUAAUAUUCAAGGGAUACGUAAAAAUACAAGCCCCCCGAGAUGUAGCGCGCCGGGAUGGGGGAGGCAGGGCGGAGCUCGACGUCACGUGACUGGUUGGGCCCGCCCCUCCCUACCCUGUGCAGCUGAGGACUUCCCCCCGUGGUGACAGAGCCUCUGGGUCCUCGGUCGAUACGGUCUCUGCACCUCGCGCCCCAGCAGGUAAACUAACAUGGAUUUUUCCAAGCUACCGAAAAUACUCGAUGAAGAUAAAGAAAGCACAUUUGGUUAUGUGCAUGGGGUCUCAGGACCUGUGGUUACAGCCUGUGACAUGGCGGGUGCAGCCAUGUAUGAGCUGGUGAGAGUGGGCCACAGCGAGUUGGUUGGAGAGAUUAUUCGAUUGGAGGGUGACAUGGCUACUAUUCAGGUGUAUGAAGAAACUUCUGGUGUUUCUGUUGGAGAUCCUGUACUUCGCACUGGUAAACCCCUCUCUGUAGAGCUUGGUCCUGGCAUUAUGGGAGCCAUUUUUGAUGGUAUUCAAAGACCUUUGUCGGAUAUCAGCAGUCAGACCCAAAGCAUCUACAUCCCCAGAGGAGUAAACGUGUCUGCUCUUAGCAGAGAUAUCAAAUGGGACUUUACACCUUGCAAAAACCUACGGGUUGGUAGUCAUAUCACUGGCGGAGACAUUUAUGGAAUUGUCAAUGAGAACUCACUUAUCAAACACAAAAUCAUGUUACCCCCACGAAACAGAGGAACUGUAACUUAUAUUGCUCCACCUGGGAAUUAUGAUACCUCUGAUGUUGUCUUGGAGCUUGAAUUUGAAGGUGUAAAGGAAAAGUUCACCAUGGUGCAAGUAUGGCCUGUACGUCAAGUUCGACCUGUCACUGAGAAGCUGCCAGCCAAUCAUCCUCUGUUGACUGGCCAGAGAGUCCUUGAUGCCCUUUUUCCGUGUGUCCAGGGAGGAACUACUGCUAUCCCGGGAGCCUUUGGCUGUGGAAAGACAGUGAUAUCACAGUCUCUAUCCAAGUAUUCUAACAGUGAUGUAAUCAUCUAUGUAGGAUGUGGUGAAAGAGGAAAUGAGAUGUCUGAAGUCCUCCGGGACUUCCCAGAGCUCACAAUGGAGGUUGAUGGUAAGGUAGAGUCAAUUAUGAAGAGGACAGCUUUGGUAGCCAAUACCUCCAAUAUGCCUGUUGCUGCUAGAGAAGCCUCUAUUUAUACUGGAAUCACACUGUCCGAGUACUUCCGUGACAUGGGCUAUCAUGUCAGUAUGAUGGCUGACUCUACCUCUAGAUGGGCUGAGGCCCUUAGAGAAAUCUCUGGUCGUUUAGCUGAAAUGCCUGCAGAUAGUGGAUAUCCAGCCUAUCUUGGUGCCCGUCUGGCCUCUUUUUAUGAACGAGCAGGCAGGGUGAAAUGUCUUGGAAAUCCUGAAAGAGAAGGGAGUGUCAGCAUUGUAGGAGCAGUUUCUCCACCUGGUGGUGAUUUUUCUGAUCCAGUUACAUCUGCCACUCUUGGUAUCGUUCAGGUGUUCUGGGGCUUAGAUAAGAAACUAGCUCAGCGUAAGCAUUUCCCCUCUGUCAAUUGGCUCAUCAGCUACAGCAAGUAUAUGCGUGCCUUGGAUGAAUACUAUGACAAACACUUCACAGAGUUCGUUCCUCUGAGGACCAAAGCUAAGGAAAUUCUGCAGGAAGAAGAAGACCUGGCAGAAAUUGUACAGCUUGUCGGAAAGGCUUCUUUGGCAGAAACAGAUAAAAUCACUCUGGAGGUAGCAAAACUUAUCAAAGAUGAUUUCCUACAACAAAAUGGAUAUACUCCUUAUGACAGGUUCUGCCCAUUCUACAAGACAGUAGGGAUGCUGUCCAACAUGAUUGCAUUUUAUGAUAUGGCUCGUAGAGCUGUUGAAACCACUGCCCAGAGUGACAAUAAAAUCACAUGGUCCAUUAUUCGUGAACACAUGGGAGACAUCCUCUAUAAACUUUCCUCCAUGAAAUUCAAGGAUCCACUGAAAGAUGGUGAGGCAAAGAUCAAAAGCGGCUAUGCACAACUUCUUGAAGAUAUGCAGAAUGCAUUCCGUAGCCUUGAAGAUUAGAAGCCUUGAAGAUUAGAACUGUGAUUUCCUUUUCCUCAACAAGCUCCUAUGUGUAUAUUUUCCUGAAUUUCUCAUCUCAAACCCUUUGCUUCUUUAAUGUGCAGCUUUGAGACUAGUGCCUAUGUGUGUUAUUUGUUUCCCUGUUUUUUUGGUAGGUCUUAUAUAAAACUAACAUUCCUUUGUUCUAGUGUUGUGAAGGGCCUCCCUCUUCCUCUAUCUGAAGUGGUGAAUGUAGUAAAUAUAUAUUAUGGUUACACUACUGUAAACUUGUAUGUAGGGUGAUGACCCUCUUUGUCCUAGGUGUGCCCUUAUCUCUAUUAAAUUGUAAACAGGACUACUGCAUGUACUCUCUUUGCAGUGAAUUUGGAAUGGAAGGC